GCCGAGCACGAGCACGGAGUCGCUGCCGACGGUGGAAGCGGUCCCUGCGUCGGAGGAGUACGACCUAUCGCCCGAGGAGCUGUACUACGACGCGCUGGAGCAGGCCAGCGACCUCCUGGCGGACGCGGACCACCAGGCGAAACCCGAGCAGGUGGCCCACGUCUGCAAGGAGAUGACUCGGUCGGCUGCGUACGAGGAGGUGGCGUUUCGGUCGAGGCUCGACAGUCUCACAGGCCGGUGGGCAUAG